UUGCAGCUACUUGUUAGCGGAGGGGUUGAUUCAACUGUUUGUGCUGCUCUGUUACGUCAUUCUUUACAGCCGAAUCAAAUUAUUGCGGUCCACAUCGAUAAUGGAUUUAUGCGUAAAGGAGAGAGUGGCAAGGUCGAAAAAUCUCUACGGGACAUUGGUAUUGAUCCGUUAGUAAAAAAGGAAGCAUAUCGAUUCUUAAAAGGCACAACACAAAUUAAGAGACCUGGACAGUUCUCAAUUGUAGAAACGCCUAUGUUAUCUCAAACAUUUAACCCUGAGGAGAAACGUAAAAUUAUCGGAGAUAUCUUUGUAAAAAUUACGAACGAUAUUAUCACCGAAAUGAAAUUAAAGCCAGAAGAUGUAUUACUUGCGCAAGGCACACUUCGACCCGAUUUAAUUGAAUCUGCAUCCAGUUUAGUAAGCCAAAAUGCAGAGACUAUCAAAACUCAUCAUAAUGAUACAGAAUUAAUAAGACAAUUGCGGUACUCUGGGCGCGUUGUAGAACCUUUAAGCGAUUUUCAUAAAGACGAAGUAAGAGACUUGGGAAGGGAUUUAGGACUACCCGCUGACCUAAUUGAAAGGCAACCAUUUCCAGGACCGGGUUUAGCCAUACGGAUACUGUGUGCUGAAGAGCCUUUUAUUGAAAAAGAUUACUCAGAAACUCAGGUUAUAGCAAAAGUUAUUACAGAUUUUCAUAGCAAACUACAAAAAAAGCAUGCACUAAUAAAUCGCGUAAUUGGAUCCACUUCAGAAUUAGAGCAAAAAGAACUAAAACGAAUAUCGUCAAGCACCAAAAUCCAAGCUACAGUUUUACCAGUGCGUUCUGUUGGUGUGCAGGGUGAUAAGAGAACUUAUAGCUAUGUUGUGGGCCUUUCCAGCAAUGCUGAACCGAAUUGGAACGAUUUAUUAUUUUUAGCUAAACUGAUACCACGUAUUCUGCAUAAUGUUAAUCGUGUUUGCUUUAUAUUUGGUGAUCUUGUACAGUACCAAAUUACAGACAUAACUCAUACGACACUCAACAAUUAUGUUCUUAAUCAAUUGAGGGAAGCGGAUGCCAUAGGAAAUGAAAUAAUAAUCCAAGCGGAACUUCAUCGUAAAAUAUCACAAAUGCCCAUCGUGUUGAUUCCUGUGCAUUUUGAUAGGGAUCCAACAAAUCGAACUCCAUCAUGCUGCCGAUCGAUUGUUUUGAGACCCUUUUUAACAAAUGAUUUUAUGACGGGAGUUCCAGUAAUACCAGGAUCGAUUAAUUUGCCCACUCAA